AUUAGGAUGUCUCUCCUUACUUUGUACCUGUGACUGUUUUGGAAUUAUUCUUCUUAUUGUUUCAGGUCAGUCAUCCUGUGUUUUGCCUUGAGUUUUUAAAUACCACAAAUAGCAAUAGGUAAAUAUUUGAAAAGUGGUCAAUCUGACCUGGGUCCUGGAGAAAAUUGCGAGCCAGAUAAGGGCUCUAGCAUGAGUAGUGGUCAAAAGAAAGCAAAAAAGGUAUACUGGGGACAAAUGGAGCCAAUUCUGCUAUGCCUGGUGCGUAGAGCAAAACUAUCAAUAUGCUUUUUGUGACAUUUUUGUUUGGUGGUGUGCCGUGUGAUCUUUUGAAUGUGAAAUAUGUGCUCUGGCUCCAAAAGCCAGGAAACAUUGGUUUAUGUCAUGUCAUCAUGAGAGUGAUGUCACAGGGGAGUUUGUCAAUUCCAUCCAGAGGUCAAAGGAUCAAAGGACACCAAAACCCAUAAAUAGGACAAACCCAUGUCAACAAAGCCCAUACAGUUUACUACAUGCGCGAGUUAUUCAGUGAACCUGUUCCAAAACGCUCCUCAACCGUGCAAAAAGAGUCGGAAGUGUAUUUUCUUGUUUAAAACAACUUUGAAUAUUUUAGUGAUUUGUUCAAAAAAAAAAAAGAAGAGAGAAAUGGCUAUCGAAAAACAAACCCAGUACAAGACCAUGUAUUACAGGAUCGAAGCCAUUAAAGAACAGCUAUAUGCUGCAGAACUCCGAAUUUACGAGGUCAGCACUGAGCUCCACAGUCCUGAUUAUAUGGAGGACAAAUAUUUCGUAAUGAGGGCGGAGGAAGUGAAUGCAAGAGCAAAAUGUGUUUCUCUUCAAAAGGAAAUAAGCAAACUCUUGGACGUAGCCCAAAAUCAUAUAUCUAACGCUGAAAUAAGAAGGAAGAACAGAAAAGCUGUUGAAGCGUCUCAGGAAACAGUCAAAGACAACAGCGGGCCAGAUGUUUAUGUUACCAUUAAAGAAGAAAAUGAAAUUGUCACACAAGAGCAUGUGGCCCUCAAGAAGGAAUUUCAAGAUCUGCAGGCAUCAGUUAGAAAUAAAGCCGCCUUAGAGAAGAACUGUGAGGCGCUAAAAAAAUGUACAGAAGAGAUGAAGGCGCAAAACAGUGCACUGCAACAGCAAAUCCAGAGACUGAAGGAGGAACGCGAGCAAAUAAGCGAUUUGGUUCAGGUCUACGAGUCUGAAAAACAACAACAAUUCGCUGUUAAAAGGGAAAAUCAGAAGUUGACGAAAGACAUCGAGAAGAUACAGACAGACGUUCUACAGGCCAGAUCAUCCCUCAAAGAAACUUACAAAAAUAACCGUGAUGUCAGGAAACUGUUCUCUGAAAAUGGAGAAAAACUGGUACAAAUGAGCCAAGUGAAAAAAGAAAACAAGGAAUUAAAAGCUCAAAUAAGUGAGCUAAAUGAUCGUGUAGAAAUGAGAAAAGGUUUAAGAAAACUAGAAAAGGAAGAAAAAGCCCUCCAGGGGCACAAAAAAAGUCUUUUUAAAAGGCGUGCUGAUGUCUCCAAACAGGUGUUUACUGAAGAAGACUGGAGGGAAAAAUAUAACAUACUAAAGGAACAGGUAGAAGUCUUAAAGAAAGAAAAUAACGAGAUAACUACAGAAAUUGAAAGACUGAAUGGAGAAAUAGACAGUCGAAAGGCUAUUAAGGCAAAUUAUAAGGCUCUGAAAGCAGAGAAAAAGUCUCUUACCAGCCAAGGUACCACUCUGCAGAAAGAGCUUGAGGGGCUGCGGUCAAAGCUGGUUAAGGAACAGGCUUUGCGUCAGCAGAAUAGUGAACUUAGAGCAGAGAUCGACAGCCUCGCGAUUUCAACUCCUGCUCUCCAAGCUGAAAUUGCAGAGCUCCGGAAAAACCUCCAAGGGGAAAGAGUUUUUAACCUUGAGUACAAUUCCCUGAAAAUGGAAAAAAAGAGCAUUACUGAGCUCAACAAGGUCCUGCUAAAAGAAGUGGAUAAACUAAAAGAGAAAAUGAGAAAGGAAAAGGCUCUGCAAGAGAAAGUCGCAGCAAUGAGAGCGAAAAAAGAGAAUGUAUGCAGACAACGAGACGCUCUAAAAACAGAACUCAGCGAUUUCACAGACUCAACAAGCUCAAACUUUGAAAGCUCAGACACAGAAAGCACCGGAUUGUCAGUUUGGUCAAGAUGGUUUAAAUUUUAAACUUCAUACAAGAAGGUUAGCAUGUGAGUCCACUGUGUGAAGUCUGACUUUAUGGUGUUGAACUGGCUUUACUCCAGGGGCCUUAUUUCAGCACGGAUCUCAAAAAUAAUAUUAAACUGGCACUUUAUCCAAAUUACAGUUAAACAAAACCCACCCAGUCCUGGCAGAUGGCUGCCCCUAGAUGAGCCUGGUUCUGCCGGAGGUUUCUUCCUGCUAAAAGGGAGUUUUUCCUCCCCACUGUCGCCAAAGUGCUUGCUCACAGGGGAUCAUUUGAU